AUAUUAAACAUUCACCGUGGAAUUGUAAAAAAUGGCGGCCUCCAUACAAUCAUUCGGUUCUGGAAAAAAACACCUGUUUGACAACAAUUAUUGUCCAAAAAACUAAUGUCAGUCAAAGAGAACAUGAGGAAUUAUUCUUUAUAUCGGUUUCCUUUACUUAUCAGUAAUGUCAUAGUGGUUUUCAAUUGAAAUAAUGCUCUAUUUUACGAAAUUCCCCUUCGUCCAAAAUUUCCCUAUCCGAAAUCGUUUACUCGAGUACUGUAAAACCAGAUGUUUCAUCCUUUUGUGUUUUUAUUUAUUUAUUUUAAUCGAAAUUGAUAAGACACCACCCGAUAGCUUGUACGGUAUGGGAUGGGUCGCUUUCCCCGUGCGGACUUGCUCACACGACCGGAGGACGCCGACUUUCGGUGAAUAGCUAGUUGCAAUAAUCCAACUCCCAGCUAUAUUGACCCUCCGGGUCGCUGAGCUGUAUGAAUGUACUCAUAAAAUCUCAGAGCAUACAAGAAGAACUAGGUGAAUAGCAUACUAUGACGUCGGACGAAAAUGGCAGAUGACCAAAACAUGAUAUUGGAGGCAGGAUAAAACUGUUCUUGAUGUAUUAUAACUAGAGACAUUGACCAGCCUGCUGACCAGACAACCAACCAGUCAUCAGCCGUUCUGAAUGAGUACAUCCCUGCGGUUCAAACAGCACAACCCAUUCCACCAAGCCGUAUAACAGAUACUGCCAGAGAGCAGCUCAAACAACAAGCGAGCAUGUGCAUCACUGGUCCCAUUACAGAUCCUCUGCUCCUGGAGGUGAGACGUAACCACGUCAUGAAAGACGCCCUAGGCACCUUACGGUACUCACAGAGUGACCUCAGCAGCAAACUGCAGAUCAAGUUCAUUGGUGAGGCCGGUGUUGAUCUCGGUGGUCUCCGUCGCGAGUUCUUCUCCCUCCUUGCAUACCAGUUCAGCCAUUCAGCGCUUACAUCAGGUUCUCCCGGGCGCCUCACAUUAAGAAAGAACUUUGUGGAGCGUGAGAAGAACACCUUCUUCUACCUUGGUCAGCUUGUGGCUCUCUCCAUUCUUCAAGAUGGUCCAGGUCUGCCAGUGUUUGCCGACUGUGUGGUCAACAAGAUACUCAACAUCACAAAUGGUGUCAAUCCAAAUGACCUCAAUCCAGACUUGGUGAAAACACUUGAAGAGAUGACAGAUGCUUCGACUGAACGUGAGCUCCAGGACCUUUAUUUUAGCAUCUAUGACGAGCGAGAGGCAGCAGGGUUUAUCCUGCCAUCUAACAUCUUCAAGAAGGACCACAUCCCCCUCCUGCAGUCGGCCCUUGUUAACAACAUGGUGUUGAACUGCAGAGAUGAACUGGACCAGUUCAUUGAAGGUCUACAAACUCAUGAUGUUCUGACCAUAGUGAGACAGGAGAAGUUGACCUGUCUAUUCAGUGGUGGUAAGCCGCCAGUCACUGUUGCCGAUGUAAGAGGUCUGAUGAACUUUAAAUAUCGCGAAGAUAUCAACCGGGAGGCUGACCGGGAAACUGGCCAGCAGUUUGUUCGGUUCCUUCAGGCGACAAAGGGUGAUGGCGCCACCAUCAACGGCAUUACCCUGAAGCCGAAGGAUGUCCUCAUGUGGAUGUCGGGUUCAACAGAAAUCCCAGCUGUGGGUUUCCACAAGCAGAUUGACAUUGAGUUUGGUGGCGAGGAAAGGGUCAACACUUGUGCACUUUGUGUUACGUUAAAGCAUCUGACGCCUGCUGUUGAGGACCCUGUUUUGUAUUUUACAGAGCGUUUGAUAAACUCAUCAACAUUCGGUGAUAUGUGAUAUUUCUUUAUGUUAUGGAGAUAAGAUCUAAUGUUGAUGAGUUUAUCAAUCGCUCUGUAAAAUACAAGACAAAACUCCUCACCAAACUCGAUGUCUAUUUGCUUGUGGAAAUAAAAAAAAAAAAAAAAAAACGUUUUUGUAUUACUGUUUUUAAGUGUUUUGUAAAUAUUGUAUAAAUAUAUACUGGAGUUAAACAAUUUGUUCAUUAACUAAAGUUGCUGAGCCACAGUUAUCAACAUGUUUCCAAAUAUAGUUUUUCCGUAUUACUUUAGCAAUAUUGUAUUAGUAAACAAGCUUUAAAAAGUUAUGCACAUGUGCCGACUUUCAAAAAAAGUUCUUGCGAACAUAAAUAUUAAACCAGGGCCCGUAUUCAUCAACCAAUUCUUAGACUUAAGUCUAAGAAUAAAGAAUAUUCUUUAAAUAGGAUUAUUAAAAAAUUGCUUUAAUAUUAAGUCAAACUUGACAUUAACUGUCUCUAUCUAAUUCAUUCGUAAUGAAGAAAUUUCCUUUACGGACAUAACCAUCACUGGUUGCCUGUAUGUUUUCAAACCAUGGGCAUAAUUUUCUUGGUUCAAAGUAUAUUCUUAAGUCUAAGAAUGGGUUGGUGAAUACGGGCCCAGAAUGGUACAGGAUCUGUAACUUACCUAAUGUAUAUUUUUUUUCUAUUAGUUUGAGAAUUGAGAUUGUGUCUAUUAGUUUUAGACUUGACAUUGUGUCUAUUAGUUUUAGACUUGACAUUGUGUCUAUUAGUUUUUGAGAUUGUUAUCAAAAUAAACUGUUGCUCUUGAA